AAGUUUUUAUAAUUUUAUACAAGUUCAGAAUUCAAUUUUUUACAAUCAGUAUACUUAAAUCAAUUUAUUGUUUUAAUCUUGAAGACUGACAUUGGUUUUUACAUCGAUUGUGAAUAUACAACAAAUUUAACAGUUAUAUUUUUACCAUAAUAUACAAGUUAAUAAAAAAUAAACAAUAAAUCAUACUCAACAUUUACCAAAGAGAUGAUCAAUAAUUGUGAACAUGACGGCUACGUAUCAGAAAAUGGUUUUUGCCCAGUAUGCAAUGUUCCUAUGAAUAAAAUAAAAAAAUCUCGACCAUUUGAUACUCACCAAGAACAUAAUACAUUUUCAUCAGAUGGCAACAAAGAACGGCGGUGUCCUAUAGAUCGUUUACAAACUGUUCGUACCAACUUACAUCAAACGAGGAAUCAUAGUUCGGAAAGAUUGCUAAAAUUAAACCCCUAUCUAAUUUUGGAUACUGAUCCUACAUUGGGCAAUUUAAACUGUUCAAAUGCAUUAUCCAGAUAUCCUCAUUCCUUUGGGAUUGUACCAGAAAAUUGUUUUUGCCCCGUAUGUAAUGUACAUAUGAAUAGAAUAAAAAGAUCUCGACCAUUUGAUACCCACCAAGAACAUAAUACAUUUUCAUCAGAUGGGUUUAAAGAACGGUGGUGUCCUGUAGAUCGUUUACAAACUCUUGGUGCCUACUUACAUCAACCAAUGGAUCACAGUUCAGAAAAUUUUUUAAAACUAAAUCCCUUUCCAGUUUUGGAUACUGAUCCUACAUUGAACAAUUUAAACUACUCAAAUGUAUUAUCCAAAUUUCCUCAUUUAUUAAGUGAUAAAAAGAAAAAUGAUACAACACUGCAAUCUAUAUAUGAACUAGAACAAAAUGAUAGACGUAAUAAUGCAUCUCGAUAUCAUAAUAAUUUAAAACAAUUGUCAAAUAAUGAGAAGCAUCUAAAUCAAGAGGAGUUUAAAAAUGUUGAUCGAUUUAAUUAUGCAUCAAUUAAAAAGUAUGAUACGCAAGUAAAACAACCUCCUGUUCAUCGUCAACGCAAGAUUUCACCAACGGUUCCUUCUAAGUUUCCUAUAUCUACAAAUAACAUGCAAAAGAAAGGAUGCUCAUCUACGUCAAUAAAUUAUAAUUUAAAUAAUACAAAUCCUAAAAAUAAAGAUCUUACGGACAUUACUAAUCAGAAAACGCUUGUCAAUCAUGUACGAACAGUAACACUUAUGCCUAUGGAAUCUAAAGAAACAUUUAAAUCAAUGAAAAAUAUUAAAGAUAAUCCCAAAAUAAAAGAUCCAUUAGUGAAUACUAAAGAAGAAAAACAGAUUCUCGAAAAAACCAGUCCAAAUUCAGAAUUAAUACUUACUAGUGAUGUUUAUGAAAAACAAAAAUCAAAAUUACCUGAUAAAAAUAAUAAAAUAUUAACUCCUAAAACUAGAAAGCGGACUGAAAAUGUAAACAACACAUCUGUAUUUCCUGUUAAUUCAUUAAAAACACACCUGGACUUAACAUCUGAAAAUGCUCGAAGAAGCUUAGAAUCUCCGAUAGGCAUUAAUAAGAGAAUAGAACAAAAUGUUAUAACUGAUGAUAAACCAAAUAAUUUAACUUUCGACCACUUAUUUUCAAAUACUCCAAAACAAAAAGAUAAUUUCGAGUAUCAUUCAGCCUUGAGACCUAGUUUAUUUUCUAAUAUGCCACCAUACAUACGAUUUUCUUCACAUGAUAUUAAAGGUGAAUCUUUUCCAUUAUCAUUACAAAAGUUAUUAAAGUGGAAAUUAAGUUCUAUAACACCAAUUGUUGUACGUCGAACUAUUCAAAAUAGUGGUUUUAAACUGGUAAGAAGUGAGCAUUGUCUAGUUCAAAAUACAACUGAUCCUUCUGUCGCAAGUAAUCAAUCUAAUCCCAUUUCUUUACAAAAUCACUGUGGUGUUACACCUCCUAUUGUUGAUGCUUUUUGUGGCGUAGCUCCUGCACCUAAUGAAUUAAUGAUGUUGCCUCGAUCACAAUCAAAUGAUUGGGUUGGAACUUGGGGUAAACAUAUGAAAUCAUUAUGUUUUAAAACACUUUGGGAACAACAAAAACUUAACCAUUUUCCGGGUACUUUUCAAAUUGGUCGUAAAGAUAGGUUGUGGAAAAACUUGCAACGUUUAAUGUUAAAAUACGGAAAAGAACAUUUUGGCUUUAUACCCACAUCAUAUAUAUUACCUCAAGAAGCCAGAAUUUUAAAACAAAUUUGGGAGAAAAAUGAUGAAGAUAAAUGGAUCAUUAAGCCGCCAGCUUCAGCUAGAGGAUCCGGAAUUCGUGUUAUAUCAAAAUGGGCUCAAAUACCCAAAAAAAUGCCAGUAGUUGUACAAAGGUACAUAGAUAAUCCAUAUUUAAUCAAUGAGACUAAAUUUGAUUUAAGACUUUAUAUACUCAUCACUUCAAUCAAUCCACUUCGUCUUUAUCUCUAUGAUAAUGGACUUGUGAGAUUUGCUUCAGUUAAGUAUUCAUCUGAUCUUUCCACUAUAUGUGAUCGAUAUAUGCAUUUGACAAACUAUAGUAUUAAUAGACUUAGUAGUCAGUAUACUGAAAAUGAAGAUGCUGAUGCAUGUCAGGGUCAUAAAUGGACAUUACGAUCAUUAUGGACGUACAUGGAGAAAGAGCUUAAAAUUGACGUUAAAAAAUUAUGGAAAAGCUUAGAAGAUUUAGUGGUGAAAACUGUCAUAAGUGGUGAAUCACCAAUGAGUCAAAUGUGUCAAUCAAAUCUGAGUAAUAGAUAUAACGCUUACGAGUUGUUUGGAAUAGAUGUUUUGUUCGAUGAAUAUCUUAAACCUUGGAUAUUAGAGGUCAAUAUAUCUCCAUCACUGCAUUCGUCUUCUCCGCUUGACUUGGCUGUAAAAGGACCUUUGGUUAAAGACCUAAUGAACAUGGCUGGUUAUCAUAUCCCAAAUAAAAUGUCUCGUAGUACACACAAUACUUUACUCAAGAUGUUAGGAGUCAAAUCAACACUAUGUUAUGAUAAGAGAUUAUAUACAUUCAAUUUAUCUGCCAAAGAAAAAGAAAAACAAGAAUAUUUUAUAAAUAUGGAAUCCAGAGCAGAAUAUAUUGAUAGCAUCUUAGAUGAUUUAUUACCAGAUGAUAUUCGGCAUCUUAUUGUGUAUGAAGAUGAACUUACACAAAUUGGAUCAUUUCAAAAAGUAUUUCCAACCACUUCAUCUUUUAAAUAUCAUCAAUACUUUGAUAGUGCCAGAUAUUAUAAUAUGCUUUUAGAUGCAUGGGAAUGUAAAUAUAGUAACAAUAGAGACGAAGGUAUUGCUGUGCUAGAAAAAUUAUGCCAGUUAAAAAUCCACCUGGAAGUGCCAGAUAUUGAAGAACAACCAAAAACUAGCGACACCCACCAAAAUACAAAUACACAAAUAGAAGUUGAAAAAAUGUUGGAAAAAUCAGGUGGUGAUAAAAUAAGUGACAUUCAUCAAGCGGUCAUCAGCGGCGAAAUGAUUCAAGACAAGCCGAAACAAACAGAUACAAACGAGCCCAAACCGAAACUUACCACGAGGCAAAUAAAAAACGCACCCGAUUGUUUAACCAUCAAUAAUGAUUCUGUGAAAGAAUUGGUACCAAACACGAGGACGGUAGACUUAAAAUAUGAAUUAGAAAAGAUAAGAAAACAUCAGAAUAGAAAUCUAGGCGCUAAGGACUUGAAUCUUUUGGAGUCAUUGCGUGCAUCUUUAAAUUUGUAUGGAGGUGGACAGUUUCCACUCUAGCAAGAUCUGCAGACUACACAAUAUUAAUUCUAGAGUGGAUUAGAAAUUAAUAUGAAUUGCGCUCAACAAAAAUAGCAAGAAAGAUAAUUCUACCAUCUUCAAUCAUUAUGAAAUUUCAGCAACAAAAUUAAUUAAAAAAAUUAUUGUUUUUGAAGUAGUUUGACAACAUUUCAAAUGAUUUUUAUAAAAACUGAGAAU